CCCGCGCGCACCAUGGCGGCCGCCCUGGGAACGGGCGCAGGAGCCGGCGCCGGAGAUGACGACUUUGACCAGUUUGACAAGCCCGGAGCGGAGCGGUCGUGGCGAAGGAGAGCUGCCGACGAGGACUGGGACAGUGAACUUGAAGAUGACUUACUUGGAGAAGAUUUGCUGUCUGGCAAAAAGAACCAGUCGGAUUUGUCUGAUGAGGAGCUAAAUGAUGACCUUCUGCAGAGUGAUAACGAAGACGAGGAGAAUUUCAGCGCUCAGGGCGUCACCAUUAGUCUGAACCCAACCUCUGGCAUGGUCACGUCGUUUGAGCUGUCUGACACCACCAACGACCAGUCCGGAGAGCAGGAGUCUGAGUAUGAGCAAGGUGAAGAUGAGCUCGCUUACCCCAAGUCUGAUGGGUCUGAACUGUAUGCCCAAGAGUACCCCGAGGAAGGGCAGUAUGAGGGCCAUGACGCCGAGCUGCCCGAAGACCACAUCGCGUACGUGGGCGAGCCGGAGGAGGAGCAGCUGUACAGUGACGAAGUGCUGGACAUCGAGAUCAACGAGCCUUUAGAUGAAUUCACAGGCGGUAUGGAGACUUUGGAACUCCAGAAGGACAUAAAAGAAGAAUCCGAUGAAGAAGACGACGAUGAUGAGGAAUCUGGACGAUUGCGUUUCAAAACUGAAAGGAAAGAAGGAACAAUUAUUAGGCUCUCAGAUGUAACUAGAGAGAGAAGGAACAUUCCAGAAACUUUGGAGCUUUCAGCAGAAGCCAAAGCUGCGUUGCUGGAGUUUGAAGAACGAGAGCGACAGCACAAGCAGGGCCGCUACGGCGCGCGGCGGGGCGGAAGGCGAGGCGGCACCCUGCUGGGCCGCGGCGCGGGCGACCAGCGGCGGGACCACGGCGAGAGGGGCAGGGUCCAGGGCCACAGGCCUGCCCUGCUACCCACACAGCCUCCUGUGGUGGCGCACUCGCCAAGACUGAUCCCGCCCCCACAGCCGCAGCCGCCCCCUCCACCCCCACCCCCGCCGCAGCAGCCGCAACCGCAGCAGCCGCAGCCGCAGCCGCAGCAGCCGAUUCGCAGCCUGUUCCAGCAGCAGCCCCUGCAGCCUCUGCUGCCCUUGCAGCACCCGCACCACCCCUCCCCUCCGCAGGGGAUGCACAUGCCGCCCCAGAUCGAGACCCCCCGGGUGAUGAUGACCCCUCCUCCUGGGACUCCGCAGCAGCCCAAGAACAUCCACAUCAACCCGCACUUCAAAGGGGCGGUGGUCACCCCGGUUCAAGUGCCCUUGCUGCCAGUCCCGAGCCAGCCGAGACCUGCUGUGGGACCCCAGAGAUUCCCCGGCCCUCCAGAAUUCCCACAGCACACACCUGGACCCGUCCCCAACAAUUUUAGCCAGCCCCCGAGACUUCCUCUGCAGGACCAGUGGAGAGCCCCGCCUCCGCCCCAGGAGCGAGACCCUUUCUUCCUAGGCGUUUCAGGUGAACCCCGGUUCCCGAGUCAUCUCUUCCUGGAACAGCGAAGCCCCCCACCGCCGCCACCUCCUCCCACGCUGCUCAGCAGCACUCAUCCUGUGCCCACUCCGAGCCCACUGCCAUUCACCCAGCCCGGGCCCGCCUUUAACCAGCAAGGGCAGCAGCCGGUGUUCCCCAGAGAGAGGCCCGUGAGACCAGCCCUCCAGCCGCCAGGCCCCGUGGGGAUUCUCCACUUCAGCCAGCCCGGGUCGGCAGCCACGCGGCCUUUCAUCCCGCCGAGACAGCCCUUCCUGCCCCCCGGCCAGCCGUUCCUGCCCACGCACGCGCAGCCCGCUCUGCAGGGACCCCUGCACCCCCCUUUGCCACCCCCUCAUCAGCCCCAGCCGCAGCCCCAGCAGCAGCCCCCGCUCCAGCCCCAGCACCAGCCCCCGCUCCAGCCGCCGCCCCAGCACCAGCCGCCGCCCCAGCCGCAGCACCAGCCGCCGCACCAGCCGCAGCAGCACCAGCACCACCACCACCUGUCCGUCCCGCCCCCGCCGCUCAUGCCCAUGUCGCAGCCGCCCUUCAGGCCGCACCUGCAGCCGGCCCAGCCGCAGCCCAGCAGUGGCCGCAUGCAGUGCCCGCAGCGCCAGGGGCUGAGACACAAUUCCACCUCUCAGAACGUCACCAAGCGACCGAUGCAGCAGAUGCAACCGACUGCCCCAAGGAACAGCAACCUGCGCGAGUUGCCCAUCGCACCGGCCCACGUCCUGGACGGGAGCAGCGGUCGGAGCGCCUCCACGCCCGCAGCCCAGGUGAAGCCCAUGGUCAGCACGUCCCCACCCGCGAGGCCUGUCCUGGGCUCCAGGAACACGCAGGGCAAGGCCGAGGUGAAAGUCAAGCCGGUGAGCCCUGCAGCUCAGCCUAAAGAAGAUGCAAAAACUGAGCCGGAGUUUCCUGAUGAAGAUGAAGAGACCAGGUUAUAUCGCUUAAAGAUAGAAGAACAGAAGCGCCUCCGAGAAGAAAUCUUGAAGCAGAAGGAGCUGCGGCGACAGCAGCAGGCUGGGGCCCGGAAGAAGGAGCUCCUGGAGAGACUGGCCCAGCAGCAGCAGCUCUGUCCCCCAGCCACCCCCACAGAGCAGCAAGAGCCCCCGUCUUCACCGCCACCCGCCAGUGGGAACCCGUUGCUACCCUUCCCCGGCGCCCAGAUCAGGCAGAAUGUGAAAAACAGACUUCUCGUGAAAAACCCGGACGGCGCCGCUUCCAAUGUGCAGCCCAAAACAUCCAGUUUCGUGCCACCGGGCGCGCACAUGCAGUAUCAAGGGCAACAGGCGAGACCCCUAAAACACUUGAGACAGACCAGAACCGGGCCUCAGAGUCCAGCUCAGCACAAAGUCCUCCCGGGGAAACCCGCGGAUGGAGAGGGACCCCCAGGACCACCGGCCCCCUCGCAGACCGCUCGGGUGGCAUCCCUCCAGGCCCGGCCCCUGGAUGCCAAGCCCGGCGCCAAGAGGACCGUCAUGCACCGGGCCAACAGCGGUGGUGGAGAUGGACCGCACGUCGGCUCCAAAGUCAGGGUGAUUAAGUUGUCAGGCGGGCAGGGAGGAGAGAGCGACGGCUUUUUUCACCCGGAGACCCAGCCCCAGCGGCUGCCGCCACCCCCCGAAGUGAGACAGCAGCCGACCCGCAAGGUGACGCUGACCAAGGGGGCCCUGCAGCAGCCCCAGCCCCCUCCGGGGGGCCCCCACAUGCACACUGGCGGCCCUCCAGGCAUCAGGAGCGUCCAGGGAAUCCACCAGGCCAAGAAGGCCCUCAUGCACGGGAGAGGCCGGGGCGCAGCCGGCGCCAUGGGCCGUGGGCGCCUGGCGCCCAACAAGCAGAACCUGCGGGUGGUAGAGUGCAAGCCUCAGUCCUGUGUGGUGUCCGUCGAGGGGCUCUCGCUGUCCACAACGGAUGUCCAGCUGAAGACCCUGCUGAUGUCCGUGGGGCCCAUCCAGAGUUUACAGAUGCUUCCCCAGCAGCGGAAAGCCAUAGCAAAGUUCAAGGAGCCAGCUCACGCGUUAGCAUUUCAGCAGAAAUUCCACAGGCACAUGAUAGACCUGUCCCACAUAAACGUGGCGCUGAUUGUCGAGUGACUUCUCACAGGAGCGCUGACUUCACACCGCACCCUCACCGUGGAACUUCUUCACGGAGCGGCCAGCGCAGUCCCCGAGAGCCCCGGCCUCCCCCUUGGCGGUCUGGCGUGACUGUUGCCCGUGGCGCCGGCCAGCCCGCGUGGAUCCCGGGAGAGCUGGACUCGCGGACGUGGAGACUGGAGCUUGCUGUUUGGUUGCUCCAGGGUCCGUCGUUGCCACAAAGAACUACAGUUUUCGUUUCCUUUUGUUUUCAAAGUGCGUACGGUGCAUGUGGACGUGGUUCUCGUUACCUUGCUGUACGGUCGGUCACAGUGACUUAGAGUCAGGAAGAACAUUAACGCCACAAAUUCCAGGUCUUUUUCACAGCAAAGAAUAUUUGAUAAUGGUUGCACUUAUCUUCAGUGCAGGCUAGGCCAGCGUGCUCUCUGCCACGCCCACUUGUGCUGUCGCCUCGGAAAGCUCUGAGAGGCUCCUGUACAAACCUAGAUUCAGCCCCGGGCGGCGGGCAGACAGGUGCGUGCCCGGCGCGAGCAGGGUGAGGGUGGUGGGCCUGGUGCCAGUGUGGCCGAUUCUGCUUCUUGCAAAGAUUCCAAAAGCACCGACGGUAUCUCGUUCCCUCCCCCUUACCCUCUGCCCUGGCAGCAGACAUGCUGGCGGGUACCCAUACUGCCCGGGGCCUGGAUGGGCUGUGGCCACCCCCAGGCCGGGAGACCCGCCCCGCUUUAACAGAGCCCCCGGGUUCCUCGUCCAUGUAGCCGCGGUGGCGACUUACCAGCUCUGGGUGUAGGCGCUCUGGAGCUGGUGACCCCGGCUUUGAUGGCUUUUUCUAAAGGCCUUUGGACAGGGGCUGUGCUGCCCGUCGGCGGACCUCGGGAAGGUGAUGGUGGUUCUGGCAUGCGCUCUGGCUCGGGGCGAGGCACGGCUGUCUUAGAGGGACAGUGAGGCCCACCGGGAAGGGUGUCCGUGUCGCCUGUGCACUGCUCUCUAAUUCCAGGUAGGCUCCUGAGGUGAGACACUUGGUCCCCGUGAGACAGCUUUCACUAGCACUCCCUCCAGGCCAGCUUUGGGAAAGUGCCUUAUUAGUAGUGCUCGUGGGGGGCACCGUUUUGGAUUUACUCUAACGGGGACCUGCGCUGUGUAAGCAUGUGGUGCAGGCUACUCCGGCUGGGUAGUAGCUACGUUUUAUACCUAAAUGCUCACGUCAGAUUCAUAGGAUUAAGGGAAGUCGGGGCCUAGCGGCUCCGCCCUGGUGAGCCAGCGGAAAUGGGCGGGGCCGGGACCCUCCCCACCAGGCGUGCUCUGUGGCCUGUAGCCGCCGUGGGUGCUCAGCCAGGGCGUGAGCGCUGUCUCCUGGUUCUUACAGAGACCGGAGCUUGCCUUUCACAGGCAGGCCCCCUCCGUGACCUGGACGGCCCUGUGGGUCACACAGCGCACCUGGGCGGAGACGGUGGCACUGGGUGGCACACUGCCCGGAUUCUGGUUCCAGGAACCCAAAGGUGCCGCCCACCUCUCCUGCAGGCAGAGCGGACGCAUCCCUGUCUCCAGGGGCCGUGUCAUGGCUCGGUCCCCAGAAGCGACGCGGUGGCGGCCGCGAGCUCGGGUGAGUGCCAUGCCGCCCUCUGCGCACGCCCACCGGGCUCGUGACCCCUGAGGGGCCUGACGCACAAAAUGAGUAACAGGUUUUUACAAACUCACUCCAAAAGAGGCUUUGUGUGGCGGCUUUGAAACCAAAAAUCUGCAUGUUGUCUCUGAGAAGCGGGCGUUUCAGCAUCUCCUCUUCUAGCUAGUGGUGGUGAGCGAGGCCCACCCGGGCGCCCCGCUCACGCCCCAGGCCCCGUGGCCACCUCCGGGUCUGAGAUAACCGGGGUGUCAGGAACGUGGAAGCCGUGACGCCCACGCACACGCCAGCAGGCUCUCCGGAGCGCCCCGCGGGCCCCCACGCUCACCUGACGUGGGUGCUGCCGGGACCCAUCAGUCCCGGCCACAGGGCGGGUUUCCUGGAAGGAAACUGCGGGCGACAGGGGCAGGACCAGCUGCGCCAUCCCGUCCCCUGCGCUUCUCGAGGCGAGGGCAGACCCGAGCCGAACCCUCCGGGAAGAUCUGUUGCAACCAUUAUCUUUGUUCUUUCCUCACCAUGCAGUUCAGGCGAGACGCAGGCGCAUUUAGCACACGCUGUAAAUAGGGACCUUUUACAAUUAAAACGUUACUGGAAUUGCUGUCCGCUCCGGCGCCGCCGCGCCUUGUUGUUCUUUCCUGCUGCCCCUCACGGAGACUGGCCGGGCCGUUGUAUUGUGUGUGUUCGACUUUGAUAAAGAUGGCGGAAGCCAACACGCUCGCCCUGACCUGUGUAUUCUUUGUCCCCAAGCUGAGGAGCCUGAGCUCGGGGACCGUGGGGGCCCGGCCCGCGCUCUGUACUGUA